CAAAAAAGAAAGCAGUUUUUUUAAACCCAAUCUCUUGAUUCUCUUCCCAUAUAUAUAUUGCAGCCAAAAAAACAGCUACAAAAAAACCCAAAUCACAGACAAAAGUUCACAAAGAACCCAAAAGUUGAUUACUUUUUUGAUAACCCAAAACACGAAAAUGGGUGCUUCUGAAUCAGUUCCUCAAAAAUCAAUCCAUGAAUUUACAGUCAAGGAUUACAAAAACCAAGAUGUUGACCUUAGUAUGUACAACGGAAAAGCUCUUCUUGUUGUUAAUGUUGCCUCUAAAUGUGGACUCACUGAUUCAAAUUAUACCCAGUUGACUGAUCUUUACAACAAAUACAAGGACCAAGGACUGGAGAUUUUGGCAUUCCCAUGCAAUCAGUUUUUGAGCCAAGAACCUGGUACCAGUCAAGAUGCACAAGAAUUUGCUUGUACAAGAUACAAGGCUGAAUACCCUAUUUUCCAAAAGGUUCAUGUCAAUGGUCCAAAGACAGAGCCUGUCUACAAGUUCUUAAAGACAAACAAAUCUGGGUUCUUGGGAAAUAGGAUAAAGUGGAACUUCACUAAGUUUUUAGUUGACAAGGAUGGCCAUGUCCUUGCUCGCUAUGGCCCUAGCACUACGCCAUUGGCUAUUGAGGCUGACAUCAAGAAAGCUUUGGGAGUGGACAUGUGAAAGUUAUAAAAAGAGUUAACAGUGAGGGAAUGGAAAUUAGAAAAAUAAUAUUAUAUUUAUGAAAGUGUUGGUUCAUUCCCAUAUUGUUUUUAGUUUAAUGGAUUAUCGUUUUUUUUUUAAAUUAAUUUUCUAUGUUGAUGUGAAGACAUUCAUUACCAUUUAGACAGUUUCUUUGCUGCAUUAGAGCCAAGAUAUAGACUGAAAAUAAAGCACUCACAUUCAAUAUAUAUGUGUGUUUAAUGCUGAACAAAA